GUGUGAAAGGUACUUGCCCGUGUGAGAGAAAUUUUUUCCUUGUCUCCUUCCCCAUCCAUCAUCACCGUACACUCUGCACUCUGCUCUCUGUUGCUUCUCUCUCUCACACACACAGUCACACAGAGACACAAAAACCAGAAAAGUAAACAAGAAAGGAUGGAUAUUCCGAACUGGGUUCAACCUUUGCCCUUUAUUCUGUUGAAUUUGGUAAAUCGUUACUUUCAUUUCCUCAUUCAAGCCUGGCCUUUUUUUUUAUUCCUCUUGCUGGAUCUAUUGUUCUCUCAUUUCUUCAACACUGAGUUGGGUGAAUUUUAUCCCUUCAGACCAAAAACAGCCAAUCUGUUGUUCCUAGGCAGGAAUGAGUUCUGCAAACGGUCAGUGAUUUCGGAUCUCUCAGAUGAGAGAAUACUAGAAAUACAGAGACCACCAUAUUCACGGCUGUCUAUUAUUGGGAGAAUCAAGUUUAACUUAUAUGAUUUUGGAGAACUUCGGACAGCGUGUAGAGUUUGGAAAGGGUACUGUGCCAAGAGGGAUGCAGUUGUGUACGUUGUGAAUGCAUGCAUGGAGCAAUUUUCGGAGGCAAAAGGAGAGCUAGAUGUUCUACUCUCUGAUGAGGACUUUGCAAAUGUUCCAUUCCUUAUUUUUUGCGAAACUCCAGAACCUUCUUAUGCCUCUGAAAAGGAAUUGUGUUCCCUCUUGGGCCUGACAGGCAAGACCACAGGGAAGGGUAGGGUGAAGCUCGCUGGCACAAAUUCCCGUCCCCUUGAGGUUUUUGUGGCUAAACCAUCCAACAGAAAGCAGCAUCAAGAUGCUAUCAAGUGGCUUUCUCAGUACAUCAAGUAGUAGGCAUUAGAAGUGAAGAUUUAGCAAUCUUAUUUCAAGUAGAGAUUCUGGGUGUACUGUCAGUUAAAUUCUUGAUUCUUGAUUUUUUGUUUUUUGAUUCUUGGAUAAAUUAUUCUUGAUUUUUGAUU